AUGGACACGGUGAUCAGGGAGCUGCUCCCACAGCAGCAGCCGAGGACCAUCGAGAGACGAGACCUGCAGUACAUCACCAUCAGCAAGGAGGAGCUCACGUCCAGCGACAGCUUGUCUCCAGACCCCUGGAAGAGAGACGCCCGAGAGAAGGCUGAGAAACAGCAGCAGCUUCACAUCGUCGACCUGCUGGACAAGGAGAUCCAGGAGCUCCAGGCCAAACCUGAGCGAACGGCGGAGGAGAGCGACCGCCUCAGGAAGCUGAUGCUGGAGUGGCAGUUCCAGAAGCGACUGCAGGAGUCCAAGCACAGCGACGAAGAUGAGGAGGAGGAGGACGACGAGGACGUGGACACCAUGAUGAUCAUGCAGAGGCUGGAGGCGGAGAAGAGAGCCAGGCAGCAGACUGCUGUCCCAGCUAUCUCUGUUCUAGACUUGUUGCAGGACGAGGAGCGACGGCGUAAACAGCAGCUGGAGGAGAUUCGUAAGCGGGAGGCGGAGGAGCGAGUGAAGCAGGAAGAGGAGAGGAGGUGGAGGGAGGAGGAGAGAGCCAAACGAGAGGCCGAGGAGAAGAGGAGACAGGAGGAGGAGUACUACACUCGCCUGGAGGCCGAGCGGCGCCGGCAGCACGAGGAGGCCGAGAGAAAGCUGCUGACGCCAGACGAGCCGGCCGGAUUUAACUCAUACACUGGAAACUCAGCAGGAGUUGUAGGAUCAGGAGAAGUCUACAAGGACCCGCGAGACAAGUGGACGAAAAGUCAGGAGCAGGAGAACUCGAUCCCCAGCGGCGCUCCGGAGAGUCUGACCUUCAAGGAGCGCCAGCGUCUCUUCUCUCAGGGGAAGGAGGUUUCCAACAAGGUCAAGGCUUCACGUAAACUCAUGGAGCUGGAGAACGAGCUCAACACCAAGUAGUAGACCGAGCCCAUCGCCUCCUAGUGUCACCUUAACCGCCGCCGCCACCGGAACGUUAAGGUGCUCCUGGGAAAAGAAAAAAACAACAAACAACAACAGAAAACCCACGGGUGGAAAGAGCCGCCGCCACCGCCGCUCACUUCCCUUCCACUGGCCGUCUCUUCCUUUUUUUGUGUUGUUUGCCCAUUUUAUUUUUUUAUUUUAAUCAUUUAAAUAACUGGACCAUUCACUUUUUUUGACGUAGCUAUAUCGUUGCAAUAGGAGAGACAUUUACGGCUUCAAACUCCCUCCCCUCGUUAAGGUCUGUCAAAGAUAUAUAAUGAUAAAGCACUGUACAAACCUUUGAAUUCUAUCUAGUGAGAAUUUGAUUUCACGCGACUAAAGGGGAUAUAUUUUUGUUUGUAAAACGGUUCUUGGGCGAGGGAUGGAGAAAGGUUCAUUCUCAUUUUAAAUUUUUUUUUUUUUUUUUUUUUUAAUGGCUUCAUCGAAUACGAACAGUUUUAUUGUGUUCUUUUAUCGUUUUUUUUCUCGGCAUCAUGUCGUUUUUUUCUGACUUUUAAUUCCUUCUCGCCAGCAGAUACGCCCUCUGAGCUCCAGACCAACCUUUAUUUUCUUGUUUUUUUUGUUUUUUUUUUUAUUUUAAUUAAAUUCUCAGUGAGUGAAAACACUGUUAUUUCAUUCCGUAGCAAGAAAGCAUGGGAAUUCUUUUUAUUUUUAAUUUUUUUGUUUUUGUUUUGUGAUGUUUUAGAUAAAUCUCCGGAGGAUUCUCCAGAGGAUGGUCUUACAGUCCAGACACGGAUCUUUUAAGUGCACAACAUUACUGUAAAUAUUCAGGUCCACAGCUGUCUCACUCUUUUACUACUGUCGAAAACCUGCCAGGCUACUAAAAAAAAACUGCAAAACUAAUGUGAUUUAACAGCAUUCGGUGGCAGACGUUCUGCCAGAACUGGACUAUCUACCGCCCUCUUUCAUUCUUUCUUUCUCUCCGGAGUGGAAUUUUUAAUCGUUUUCUCACUCCGACCUGAGGUAACUUUAACUUUAUUUUUUUAUUUUUAAUCCGAGUCAUGUUUUUUUGUUUUGUUUUGUUUUGUUUUUUUUGCAGAGUUGUGUGAGAUUAAUUCGACCGACUUUUUACCCUAAAUUCAAUCCGGAAAAACUAAACUCCUUCAAUGUGAUUAAUGUUGGUUUCCACGGUAAAAAAAUAAAAAAAUAAAAAGGAAAAAAAAAUAAAAUAAAAAGGAAACUUGUUUGCUUUACAGAUAUUUAUUUCAAACCUUGUGGAAAAAAGCAAACUUGCACAAAAAGUUUUAAUUUAAAUAUGUAUCAGCAAACUGUUGUGAGAUUACAUUUGGGACCUCUCAUACUGUGGUAACAAUCUGUGAUAUAGUUCUGUUUUCUUUUUUCUUUUUUUUUUUUUGCAUUAGAAACAGAAGAGUGUUCUGUUUUUACACCAGCUGUAGUCGGAGAGAUCCAGGAGGUUUUUAAGGAACUGGAGUCGAGGUGACAGACAGAAUUGUAAAUGUAAAAAAAAAACUAUAUAUACACACACGAUUUACAUAGUCACGUUCACCGCCACUGCUGCUCUGCUGAUGUAGAAAACGAACGCACCUCCAAAACCCAGUGUCUCCCAGUCAAUUUAAAACGCCAGAAAAAAUAGUGACGUUUCAAAUGUAUUUCUCUUCUGCAGUUUGAGUGACUCCAUCCUGUGUGUGGAUUUCUUUUUUUUUUUUUUUUAUUUCUCCAGGAGCCUCCACUAAAGCAGAUUUUUUUUUCAUGGUGACAUAAGAUGCUGUUAUUUACUGACCUGUAAAAAACAAAAAAACAAAAAAAAAAAAAACACUACAGACCCGUCUCUCCCCCUCCCGCCCCACAGUUCCUUUUUAGGUUUUAAGAUGAACUGAUUCAUUUAAAUGGUUUCAUGUUUAGCCUUUUGUAAAUCAUUAAUAAAUACAGAUUUUUCAACA